AAAUAAAAUAAAUAAAUUAAGAGGGGUGUUCCAAUUGCUUUUGGCAAUAUAGUGUGUAUCCAGCUCCCUGCUAUGGGGCUGUGACAUUCCUUAUCCUGUUCCCUCAUUAUUGUGCUCAUUGAAGUUUAUGGAACGAAUCCAGGGGCGGACUGACCAUUUGGAAACUCAGGCACUGCCCGAGGGCCCGGGGUCAGUAGGGGGCCCCAUGAGAUGCCCCUGGUACCUUUUUCAUAGGCUUUUUUUGAGUUUGGGCAGGGACACAGGGGCCCCAUGAUCCCCUAUUGCCAGGGGGCCCCAUAAAGUUGUCAGUCCGCCCCUGAACGAAUCCUAUCA